AUGGGAGGAGCACACAAGAACCUCGUUUUCGUGUACGGUACGUUAAAACGAAACCACCCAAACUAUUUCCUAUUAGAAGAUCUGAUCUCCAAACACGACGCCGUUUUCGUCGGUCAACGCACGACCCGGUUACAGUACCCGCUCGUUACGGGUCUAUACGGGAUUCCUUACUUGAUCAACAAACCCGGGUCGGGUCAAAAGAUCCGAGGCGAGCUGUAUUCGGUUUCAAAACGAGGGCUUGUAAGGCUUGACGAAUUGGAAGGGAUCAAAGUGGAGCAUUACGAGAGAUUACCGAUUGAGGUGGUGAUUGAGGAGGAAGAAGAAGAUGAAUCAAACGGCGUCGUUUUAGCGGAGGCUUACUUUGCUCAUUGUAGAUUUGGUGAGAGAUUGUGGGAGAAGAAAGGAAAGUGUGGGAUGUGUGAGUUCGGUGAAAACGACGCCGUUUUGUAUGUUAGGCCUAAGGAUAGGCCAAGGUUUAGCUCUGUUCUUGAUGAAAUUGAAGCUUUUGUGUCUUCAAGUAACGAUUGA